AUGAUUAUUUGCUCAAGGCGGAAUCGAGACCGAAGAUCACCAUCCGACAGUAUAGGCGACCUGUUUGCGUCUAUUCGUCAGACACCGCGACAUAUCCAAUUAAGCGUCGUGGCCUUAUCAAUUACUUUGGUCCUUCUGUACCAUUCCCAAAUUUAUUUCAGCUCCGACUUACAAAGAUCAGAGGUUAUUGCAUCAAUCGCAAAAGCGCAACAUCUUUAUGGAAAGGACUAUCAUGGCCAAUCGAAUUCUGAUAUCAAUCGGGUGACGAAUGACACGCUGGGGUUCUCUAAAAUCCUCGUUGUCGGACUACCAGAGCGGAGUGACAAACGUGAUGCAAUUGCGCUGACAAGUGCUGCAACUGGCUUUCAUGUUGAGUUCGUCGAUGGUGUCAAGGGUGAGACCAUACCUGACAAGGCUGUGCCUGCCGUAAUUGAUCGGCAAGCGUUGGGGGAGAGUAAUCUGGGGAGCUGGCGAGGGCAUAUGAACGCCGUCAGGAGAAUUGUCGAAGAUGACCUGGAGUCGGCGCUGAUUAUGGAAGAUGAUAUGGACUGGCAAGUCUUCCUUGGGGACGUGCGUUUGAGAUCUCAACUUGAAGCAGUCGCGAGAGGAGCCCGCAUAGUGAUGCCAUCAAGCUCGAACCCGUCUUCUCCCUAUGGAGAUUCCUGGGACGUGCUAUGGCUUGGGCAUUGCGGUGAGAUCUUCCCCGAACAAAUAGCAGAGUGGCAACAAGGUAAGCCAGAACACCCGAAAUACGUUAUUGAAAACGACGAGACAGUAGCGCCUCUGAGCAAGGUUACUGGACUUGUUGAUUUUAAGAAGUAUCCAGAAUUCACACGGUGGGUACACGUAUCUGGGGGUCCAAUAUGUACGUUUGCCUACGCUCUCACCCAGAGCGGUGCUCGCAAAGUGCUUUUCGAUUUGUCCGUGGAUCACCUUACGGGGCCCUUCGACAAUGCCCUGGCCAGUUUCUGUCGUGAUGGAGCACUUGGAAAUCCAGAUGGGCUGAGCGCGAAGUGUAUGAGUGUUACACCACCAGUGUUCUUUCAUCACAAGGCAAAGGGUCCAAUCAUGGGCGACAGUGAUAUACAGAGCGUUCAAAAUGGAGAAACUCGCAAGAAAGGUACCACGGAGAACAUUGUGUGGAGCGCCCGUAACAAUAUCCAAAAUUUGCUGAUGGGUACAAAAAUGGAGAGCCAAUUUGAGCAAUAG